CUUCCCUCCAGAGCAGCAGCGGGACCCGCUGGGGCAGCCUCAGGUAGCCUUGGAGACUGAGAAACCACCCGAAUCCCGAUCCCGGGGAGAGAAAAACCCAUGGGGACUGGAAUGAGCAAGAUUGUCACCGGCCUCUACCUGGGGAACAUUCGUGACUCGGAGGACCAUGAGAGCCUGCUGCGGGAGGGGGUGACCCACAUCCUGUCCGUCCACAACCGCGCCAAGCCCGUGCUGGAGGACAUGACCUAUCUGUGUAUCUCGGCCUCGGAUUCAUCCAGUCAAAACCUGCUGCAGCAUUUCAAGGAGUGCAUCCAGUUCAUCCACGAGUGCCGGCUCGGCGGGGGAGGCUGCCUGGUGCACUGCCUGGCCGGGGUGUCCCGCAGCACCACGCUCCUGGUGGCAUACCUGAUGACAGUGACAGAGCUGGGCUGGCAGAGCUGCCUGGCUGCCACCAGGGCCGUGCGUUCCUACGCCAGCCCCAACCCCGGGUUCCAGCAGCAGCUGCAGGAGUAUGAGAGCACCCUGCUCCACGAGUACCGCGCCUGGAUCCGCCGGGAAUACGGCAGGAACCCCUUCCAGGACCAGGAGGAGCUGCAGCGCCUGCUGGGGGAGCAGCGGGCGGGGAGCGGGGAUUGCUCCUGGCCCCGCUGCCCGGCUCCCACCUUCCCCCCGCCCUGGCACGCAGGUGGCACCGCUGGUGGCAGCAGAUGGACGAGCAGAUAAGCAGCCAGGCUGUUGGCCCUGGGGCUUGGAAAACUCAGUUUUCCCUUUGCCAAGCCCCUCCAGGGAUUCGUGUCUAGGGCACAAAGCUGCCAGCACCAGCCUGGGCUCCAGGGCUGGAGCAGGGCGACAGGAGCCACAGACCCCUCUGUCAGCUGCCAGCCCCAGUGAAUGGGCGACAGCGCCCUGCUCUGUCCCAUUGCCCCGUUCCCAAGGGAUUCCAGCCCCUUCUCCACCCUCAGAGCAGCAGCCAGCCCCGUCCCUCUCUCCUCAUGACAAUAUCUGGGCUGGCAGGGCGCGGGAAAGGUGGUGCAGAACUUGGGAAUCCAAGGUGGGAGGAGAUGGAGAGGGGCCACCUUGUCCCCUGCUUCCCUGAGGAAGGAGGGGUGAAUCCUGGGAUGUGGGGGUGCUCUGAGCCUCAGCUGGCACCCAGUGGGGUGGGGAGAGGGGCUGGAGGUGUUUUGGGGCUGCCCCUUGCUGUGCAUGUCCUUGGCAGGUGAAUAUCUGGCAUUUUCCUUAUCCCAGCCCCAGGGAUAAGGGGAAAGGUAAACCCAGAUUUAUCUUUUAUCUGGCAUUUUCCUUAUCCCAACCCCAGGGAUAAGGGAAAAGGCAAAUCCAAGUUUAGCUUUUAUCUGGCAUUUUCCUUAUCCCAACCCCAGGGAUGGGGGAAAUCCAGCAGUGCCUGUCCCACGGCCUCCAUCCCUGGAGCCAGAGUGGGUUUGGGAUUUCCCUGAGCCCCUUUUAAAUGUCCCUGCUUGCCAAAGAAACCAAAAGCUUGGUUGGAUUCACUCAACCCAUGGACCAAUUUAACUCUGUCCUUCUCCAAAAGCCUUUUUGAUACCUAAACCCUGUGGCCAUGUCCAAUUCUUCAUCCCAAACUCGGAUUGUGCUUUUCCAGAGCUUUCUUUGGCAGGAAUUCCCCCCCUCUGCCUUACGAGGAGGGUCCCACAUCCCAUGGAUUCAGCCCUUCCACACAUUCAACCCUUCCGUGUCAUCUCGGCCUUUUGCUAUAAUUACCCUGUUUGUCCACUCAAAAAAUGUCUGUUCUGCAAUUCCUUCUAAGAAAAAAAGGGAUGCAAAACAUUUCUAGGAAUUCUCUUGAUGAAGAUUUUCGGGUACUCAUCGUGUGACAGCACCAGGGGUGACUCACCCUGCUCCUAAUAAAGAAAAAAGUGAUUAAAUCCUGAGGGUGCCUGGACUUGAUUU